AUGGAUACAAAAGUAUGUGGCAUGGCUUCUCUAAACACCAAGAUAGUAGGAGGACAGGAUGCUUCUCUUGGUUCUUGGCCUUGGCAAGUCAGUCUGCAGAAAGGUGGCUCACAUCACUGCGGUGGAUCCCUCAUCAAUAGUAACUGGGUCCUAUCAGCAGCACACUGCGUUUCAACGACACCUGCCACUGAUGUGACAGUGUAUCUGGGAUUGCAAACACUUUCAGGAAACAACAACAGUAUGCAAAAAAGAUCAGUCAACCAAAUCAUCGUACAUCCCAGUUACGAUUCUAUCACUCAAAUCAAUGACAUCGCUCUACUGAAGCUACAAGAAAGUGUGGCGUUUACAAACUAUAUCAAUUCUGUCUGCCUGGCUACAACAGAAAGCACUUUCUUUACUGACACUAAGGUGUGGGUCACCGGCUGGGGAAACAUUGCAGCUGGAGUAAAUCUUCCUAGUCCUGGAACUCUAAAAGAAGUAGAAGUCUUAGUUAUUGGAAACAGACAAUGUAACUGUUUAUAUGGCAAUAGUGAGAUCACCAACACCAUGAUAUGCGCUGGAGUGUUGGAAGGGGGAAAAGAUUCAUGUCAGGGUGACUCUGGUGGUCCGCUGGUUCUCAAACAGGGCUCUCGUUGGAUCCAGGUUGGCAUUGUAAGCUUUGGAAAAAAUUGUGCUUUAAAAAAUUUUCCUGGAGUAUAUACCAGAGUGUCUGUGUACCAGAGCUGGAUCAAUCAAAAGAUCACCUCAAACCAGCCAGGCUUUUUUAAAUACAACUCCAAUGGCACUGAUGCAGACCUUCAGGCUUCCUGCCCUUGGGUACCUCCAAUUACAUCUCCUCCCACAACUGCUCCUCCACGUGUCAGCAGCAGACUAAAGGAUGUUAUGCACAUAUUUUUAUUUUCAGCUGUGGUGUGUGGCACUGCCACGCUAAAUAAUGUUUCAGUAGGGGGCAGCCCCUUGGCAUCAGCUGGAAAUUGGCCAUGGAUGGCAAGUCUGAAGCUUAAUGGCAGUCACGUUUGUGGAGGAACACUGAUAGCUGAGCAGUUUGUCAUGAGCUCGGCUGACUGCUUUAACAGCUCAUCCAACGCCUCUGAGUGGACUGUAGUCCUUGGUCGGAUCAAUUUCAAUGGUUCAGACACAAAUGCGGUCUCAGUACAAGUGCAAAACAUUACAUUGAGCUCUGGUGAAGGCAACAACAUAGCAGUGCUGAAGUUGUCUAGCAAGCCUACGCUUUCACAGUUCAUUCAGCCUAUAUGUGUGGACACGGGGAACAAUAAUUUCACCAUCAACACACAGUGCUGGGCAGCUGGCUGGGACUCAGAAGGUACCGUUUAUAUUUUUCAACCCCUUCAGCAAUUCAACACUACCAUAGUGAGCUGUGGAAAUUCCUCCUCAUCAAACAGCAUCUGUACCGCAGCCAUGCCAUUAACACAGGGUAAUAAAGGAGGUGCUCUGAUGUGUAAAUUACAAAAUUCAUGGAUCCAUGCAGCAGCUUUGACGCUUGCUAGCAGCAGCAACAAGACAGCUCGUGCCGUUGAAGUACAGACCUUCACUAAAACAUCAACCUUCUCAUCCUUUCUCAAGUCCACAGUGCCCUCCCUCUCUGUUACCUCUUCAUCUACCUCUUCAUCUACCUCUUCAUCUACCUCUUCAUCUACCUCUUCAUCUACCUCUUCAUCUAACACCUCUCACAAUGCUUGCAACAAGCAAGAGAAUGCAAUGUUUGGAGGGACCGAGGAUACAACCGUGUGA